AUGCCGAUGCGUAGCCUCACCGUGACGCUGCUGCUGCUCGCGACGGCCGCCACCACGCCGUCGGCUGCGGCGACGGCGAGCAUCGCCUUGCCGGGCUGCGAGAGCAAGUGCGGCGGCGUGGACGUGCCGUACCCGUUCGGCACCAGCUCCGGCUGCUACCGGGCGGGCUUCAAGGUCACCUGCGACCGCGCGCGCCAGCCGCCGAAGCUCUUCCUGGGUGCCGGCGGCGGUGGCGGGCCGGAGGUGCUGGAGGUGUCCCUCCGGAACAGCACGGUGCGCGUCCGCGGUGCGGUCUGGUCCUUCGCCGCCGGCACCACGGGAGCCGCUACGGUGGACGUGCUCCCCGCCGCAAGCGGCCUCCGCCGCCGGUACGUGCUCUCCGCCGCGCGGAACAGCCUCGUCCUCGUCGGCUGCGGCUUCCAGGCCGCCGCCGCGCCGCGAGGUGACGCCGCCGCGUUCGGCUCGUGCGCGCCGUCCUGCCCGGGCGCCAAGAAGCGGAAGCUCCGGCACGGGCCCUGCGACGGGGUCGGCUGCUGCGAGGCGCCCGUCCCGACGGGCCUCGCCGUCACGGCCUUCGACGUCCGGUUCUCCUGGCUGGAGCAGAACGCCACGGCGCGGCCUGCGUGGGUGGCGCCCGGCGCCAGCGUGCUCGUGGUGGAGCGGGAAUGGUGGCGCGAGAGGGAGAACGUGGUUCCGGUCAAGCUGUCGCUUCUCAACUCCGGUAACGCCACCGACUUCGUGAUCCCGGCCGUCCUGGACUGGACGCUGAACAACUCGUCAUGCGCGGCGGCGGCGAAGGGCUCCGACUAUGGCUGCGUCAGCAAACACAGCGAGUGCGUCAACUCCACGAGCAGCGCCUACGGCUACGUGUGCCGGUGCAACGACGGCUACAAUGGCAACCCUUACGUGCCAGGUGGGUGCCAAGGCCCUCGAAUGCGUAUUGCAGCUGGAGUAUUUCUUGCUAUGGGGGUUGGCAUUGGUAUGUUCGUUUUGCUUCUGGUUCUUGCUGCCAUCUUUGCAACAAAAAGACUCAAGAUUCGUAAAGCCAGAAAAAUGAGGGAGAAAUUCUUCAAGCGAAACCGUGGGUUGCUGCUUCGACAACUAGUAGACAAGGACAUUGCCGAAAGGAUGAUCUUCAGCUUGGAAGAGCUCAAGAAGGCAACAAAUAAGUUUGAUGAGGCUCGCAUCCUGGGCGGUGGAGGGCACGGCACGGUGUACAAAGGCAUACUGUCAAACCAGCGUGUUGUUGCCAUUAAAGUGUCAAGGCUUGUAGUUCAAAGAGAGAUCGAUGAAUUCAUAAACGAAGUUGCCAUCCUUUCCCAAAUAAACCACAGAAAUGUAGUGAAGCUUUUUGGGUGUUGCCUUGAGACAGAAGUUCCAUUGUUGGUCUACGAGUUCGUUCCAAAUGGGACACUUUACGCCCACCUUCAUGUUGACAACCCUCAAAAACCACUAACAUGGAAAGAUCGGCUGCGUAUCGCCUCUGAAGUUGCCAGUUCUCUGGCCUAUCUUCAUGCAGCUGCUUCGACAUCAGUGGUGCACAGGGACAUCAAGACAUCCAACAUACUACUUGAUGAUCGAUUGACAGCCAAGGUUUCGGACUUCGGUGCCUCGAGAGGCAUCGCAAUCGAUCAAUCAGGAGUGACAACCGGCAUACAAGGAACAUUCGGCUAUUUGGAUCCCGAGUACUACUACACAAGGCGAUUGACCGACAAAAGUGAUGUCUACAGCUACGGCGUCAUGCUUGUUGAACUUCUAACAAGAAAGAAAAUUAUGUACAUUUCGCCUGAAGGUGUGGGCCUCGUGGCACACUUUGUCACGUCCCUGAAUCAAGGUGAGCUCAAUGAGAUACUAGAUGAGCAGGUCAUCGAAGAAGGAGAAGAGGAGGGCAAACAAGUGGCGGAAAUAGCAGCAAUGUGCUUGAGGAUGAAAGGAGAAGACAGGCCAACCAUGCGGAACGUGGAGAUGAGGCUUCAAGGUCUGCUGGGUUCAGAGAUUAACAUUUCAGAGGAGGACAAACAAGUGGCGGAAAUAGCAACAAUGUGCUUGAGGAUGAAAGGAGAAGACAGGCCAACCAUGCGGAACGUGGAGAUGAGGCUUCAAGGUCUGCUGGGUUCAGAGAUUAACAUUUCAGUGAUUGAAGAGGAUCAGGUGAAUAGACUGAACGGCCUAACAUUUCAAGGAGGAAAUGCCAAUGCCGGCGACAACUACUACAGUAGACAGUACAACAUCGAGGAAGAGAUCAUAUUUUCUGCGAGCUUGGAGCGCUGAUCCUCACGCCACGUCCCAUCCAACAGCAAAGUUAUCUACUCCUAUAUGAUGCAGUAGUAGUACCAGUACUCACUCCUCAGCCAAUUGACUUCUGGCUUUCA